AUGGAGAAAGGUGAAAGUGAAAAUCUCUUUAAAGAAAUAAACAAUAUUUCUCAUAGUGAAAAUGAUUUUAGUGUAAAUGACUUCAGUGAAAAUGAGUAUGAAGGGUUACUCAAGAGAGUCGAUGAUUUCAGUCCUGUUUUUACAAAAGAAGCUAACAAAUUUCAGAAAAAAAUAGAAAUGAUAAAAUCUCAAUCUGACAGUUCUAAAACUCAUCAUUCUUCUUUACUAAGCAAUUGUCGCAUAUCGAUUAUUCUGCUUUGGGGUAUUCUUUUUGUACUUUCUUUGUUAUUCUUUUAUACUAUUCUUCGUGUAUUGUUAAGAUUAAAUUCUAUGAACCACCCUUUCUAA